AUGCAUGAAAGGCAAAUCGACAUGACGGCAGCUAAACUGUAUUGGCGUCGAAUGCUAAAGGACUAUGAUAUUAUGAAAUCGAAGAUUUUACCAAGAAAUCAAAAGACAUCAUCUGGCGAUGGCCUUGCAAGUGAAAUACUUUUAACUAAUGAUAUUGUUAAACAACUCAUCGAUUACGCUUCUUCGCACAAUGCUACUCUGUAUCAGGUAUGUCUAACACUUUACUAUGUGUUCUUACACAAACUAACUGGUGGUCAACGCGAUAUCCUUAUUGGUAUCGUACAAGCCAAUCGAUAUCGUCCGGAACUGCGUCGUAUUAUUGGUAUGUUCGUCAAUACAUUACCGAUAGUUAUCCGUAUCGAUCCGUGCGAUACAUUUGAUCAAGUACUUUCGAAAGUGAAAACUGUGAUUUUUGAAUCACAACCGUAUUCAAACUUACCUUAUCAAGAUAUCAUUGAGGAACUAUACACGAAACGAUUUCAUGAACAUAAUGUCGUUCAGACGAUGUUUACUUUGAAUGAUUAUGACAUAACAAAAUCUCGUUCCAGUCAAACGCCGAGCAUUGAACCUUACUCCAUCUAUGAUUUAUUUGGAGUACCAAUGAACGUGCCUGCUAUGUUCGACAUGGAAUUGUCAAUGGAAUAUGUCACCACAACACAAUCCUUAAGAGCGAAUCUCAUCGUGUCCAGUGAUCUUUUCGAUUCAUCAGGACUGACCAAAAUGGCAGGGCAAUUUCAGGUGCUUGUCGAGCAAUUGUUUCCACCCAUACCUAUAAGCAUAUCACCCAUAAUACCAUCAAUCUGUGACCUAUCGAUAAUCUUACCAGAAGAAAUUCUUCCGUGUGAUUCAGCGAAAACAAACCAUUAUAACGACUGUGAUUUGAAAAUAGAUAUUUGUCUUCUAUCAUUCGUCUAUCAAAUUACCAAUGGAUACCUUUCCAUUGAGCGUCUUCGACGCGCUCUUCAAUAUAUGACUCUCAAACACAAUCUCUUUCGAAAAUAUCCGUUUAAAUCUGUAGAUGUUCAAAUCGACAUCUUCGAUAUGUUUUCUCAUACUUCGUAUUCAAACAAUACCAACGAUUGUAUCUUUCAUGUUCAUGUAUUUAAACAUGAGAGCAUCAACGCAGAUCUUCUCGCAGAACAAGAUGUUGUUAUUUUUAAUUUCCAUCCCUGCAUUGUCGAUGUAUUCUCAAUGAACAUCUUCUGUCAAGACCUUUUGCUUGCAUAUGAAUGUGAAACAGCACUGACUACGAAUAGCACAGUUGGACAUACUUUUUGGAAUGAAAUCAUGUUUGAUUACCACUGGAAACCAUUGUUUAACUCAACAAAUGACAAAGCUACUGAUUGUGUUUUUACCGCUGAUGCCAUAUUGGAUGCUGAUCUUACACAGAUGAUCCUGAGCUAUGUUUCAACUUCAAAAACAUCGCUAAUGCAUCUAUUGCUAACAUGUUACUAUAUAUUUCUCUUCAAACUCGUUCCUGAUCAAACUGACUUUUGUAUUGGAGUAUCAGCUGAUAAUCAAUUCCAUCAAAUUCCACUGCGCUUUCACCUCAAUCCAAGCAAAAGCUUUCAGUCUUCUCUACAACGAAUCACUACGCUCUAUCGAAAAAGUUUACAAUAUGCCAUGCAUAUUGCUCAACAAUUUGCACCACCGCCAUCCACUUAUUUAGACAUCGUUUUCAAUUUCAAGACUAAUUCUAACGGAAAACACAGUUUUAAUACAAUUCGAUUUCCAAAUGCCCAACUACAACAAAUCCCUCAUCUUUCACAUCAAACUAAAGGCUUUGAUAAUCACCUUGUUUCAUCAAAAUUUGAUUUCUCUUUAACAUUCAUUCAUGAUGAGCAGCUUAACACUCUUCAAUAUCAAGUCCAUGCAUCAGCUCACCUUUUCGAUCAAUCGACAACACAACAGCUAUCUCAACGAUUUCAACGCCUCACCCAUCAACUAUUUACUUCCUUCGAUCUCAACAUCCAACCCAUCUAUCAGCUUUCCAUCAUCUUACCUCACGAACAUGCCCUUCUCAAACACUUUCACCCCCUACAAACUCACUCUCCACAGACCACUUCGACNAUAAGACGGGUGAUUAUGGUCGAAUGGAGGUGA